AAUCUUGGCGAUGAUAAGGGAAGAUUGGAAUGAUUGCGAUAAUGGCGAUGUCAUCAGUAUACGUGAAACAGAACGCAAGGCAAAAAUAUCAGAUCGUAUCACAAACGCGAUCGUCACACUUCAUACGACGACAAUUGUAGCGUAUUGCAUCGGUAUUAUUUUAGCCGAUGUCGAUGUCACUCAGGCGACAGAAAUACCUCUACUUAACAAAUUAGAAAUACCUUUCAAUAUAAGCACGCAGCGCAUGUACAGAUUUGUAUUAAUCAUAGAAUUCGUAUUUAUGCUUUUUUACGGUUGGGCGGCUGGUAUAACAAAUUCUUUAUUAUUGACUUUGAUUUUACAUACGGCUGGUCAAAUCGACAUUAUACGUUCCUGGCUAUUGCAGCUUGUACCCCGCAAAGAGGAGAACAAACGUAUACCAUAUCACAUUAUUACGAGUAAAAUUAUUCGAAAGCAUCAAAAAAUUAUCAGUUUUUCAGAGAAUAUCGAAAGUCUCUAUUCAUACAUUGCGUUGCUUCAAUUUAUCUCAAAUACAAUAAUGAUUUGCUCUCUAGCCUUCGUUAUCGUAACAGCAAUCGGUAGUCCCAAUGCGUUAGAACAAAUACUAAAGUCCCUCUUAUUUUACACCAUAACGAAUCUCGAGGCGUUUAUAUUCUGCUUCGCUGGAGAAUAUCUGAGCAGCAAGAGCAAGGAAAUUGGCAUUGCAGCAUACAAUUGUGCAUGGUACGAUCUGAAAUCUAAAGACAGUCGUAUUUUGUUAUUUAUCAUAUUAAGAUCGCAGAAACAGUUAACGCUUACAGUGGGAAAAAUGAUGAAUCUCUCCUUAGAAACCUUCACAAGCGUAAGAAUUAUGCAUAUAUGUAUUAUGCUUUUAUCUUAAAAUUUA